GGCGGAGAGCUCAGGGCGGCGGUCACUCGUUGUGUGUCGGUCGCUGUUCGUGGAGUUUGUUGUGAGAGCGAGCGAGGGAAGAUGUCCGGGCGCGGGAAGCAGGGCGGGAAGGCGCGCGCCAAGGCCAAGUCGCGCUCGUCGCGGGCCGGGCUGCAGUUCCCCGUGGGCCGCGUGCACCGGCUGCUGCGCAAGGGCAACUACGCGGAGCGCGUGGGCGCCGGCGCCCCGGUGUACCUGGCGGCCGUGCUGGAGUACCUGACGGCCGAGAUCCUGGAGCUGGCGGGCAACGCGGCCCGCGACAACAAGAAGACGCGCAUCAUCCCCCGCCACCUGCAGCUCGCCAUCCGCAACGACGAGGAGCUCAACAAGCUGCUGGGCAAGGUGACGAUCGCGCAGGGCGGCGUGCUGCCCAACAUCCAGGCCGUGCUGCUGCCCAAGAAGACCGAGAGUCACAAAGCCAAGAGCAAGUAAACUGGGCGGCGCAAGUCUACUGAGCCCAGAAGCGAAACCCAAAGGCUCUUUUCAGAGCCACCCACAGUCUCCCAAAAGAGUUUGAAAUGCGUUAAAGCGGGUUUUGGGGGGGAGAGAGUGGGAAGGAGCUGACAGCCUGUGUAGUGUUUGGGUGCGGGUAUUUUUGGGCUUGUCUUGCUGUGGGGAGCCCAGGUCGGAUCUGCCGGGCUGACUUUUCGCAGUUGGGCCGGGAGCGGUCGGAGCACUGCGCUCCUGGGAGCGCAAGGAGCUGCUGCGCUGAGACGAGCGCGGAAUGUGAUUGGCAGAGCCGAUCGUGGCCUGCGCGGGCUUUGGGAAUCGCGCGGGGAACUCAACCCUCCCUGGCCACGGUCCCGCGGCCACCAACGGUGCGUGGAAGGUGCUGAAGAAGCUCCUCCACAGCUCUACUAUGGGCAGUGCAGUUUCCUUGUUCCCUUUCAGAUACGGGCGGGAAUAAUGAAAAGAAUGCAGCGAUGCCUCGCCCUGGAAACACUAGGGCAUGUAUAAAUACUCUGUUGAUCUGUGUGGCUUUUUUUGUGUUUUUUUGCAACGUCGGUAUGUAACAACGGCCUGAACUAUCGCAAAGAAGACUACGUUGUAACAACUGCUAUUUUUAUCUGGAAAAAAGGUUUAAAUAAAUAUUA